UAUCAAAAACAAAAACAAAAACAAAUCUGGUGUGCCUAACUGCACAAUCUUCCUCUUUGUUUCAAUCAGCCGUCGUCACGCAUAGACAGAUCCCUGAGACUGAAAACCCUCUCUUUCUAAUUUGAUCUCCAUUUUCAUCUCUCGAGAUUUUUAGACUCUAACCCUUGAAAAUUUUAAAUUAUUCGUGUCUCUGCGUCGAUUACAAGAAUCAAUUUUCAUCAAGGGUUGUUUAAAACCCAUCUGGGGUUUGUUUUGAUCAGCAAGACACCCACCCAGAUGAUGGGUUUUUAAUCCUUUUACACUAUUCGUUGCUUCUAAUCUUUGAAUUCACGAUGUGGGUUCGUUGAGAAUUUGGGAUUCCAAUUAUGGGUUUUGCUAAACUUUUAAAUUUGAUGUGGGUUUUCGAGGUUGGUGUAGUUAGGUUAAAAUCCUGAAUUAAUCCUUCAUACCUCCUUUUCAGAUUUCAAAAUUGGGUUUCCGGGUCUCAGUUAAUGUUUUCUAUUUUACUUUCUGAUUUCAUAAUCUACUGAUUCCAUUGCUUUCGAUACUGCUCCAUUGGCUUCAAUGUUUAUCUGAGAUUGCUAUCAAUUCCGUCAUCGAAUCUCAGAGCAGAUUCCGAGAUUAUAAGUUUUUUGGAGCAGUGAAAUCCACAUAGUUUCCUAUUUUAUAAAAAUGUCCGGUGGCACCCCAACUGCUGGUGGCCUUAUGCGGCAGAGACACAGUCAAGGCUAUGCAUCAAGCGGCGACGAUCUUGAAGACGAUGCUUGUUCUAGAAAUCGGUCUCAAUCACCUGCUUUUCCUACAACAAGAACAUGGGUUGAGGUUUUAGAGAAUGUACUCUGGAUUGCUUCUGCAGUUUUUAUCGUAUACUUGGGAGAUUGGCACUCAAACUUGAUUUAUAUCUUGUUUCAUGAUGGUAGGAUUAGAAGAAUACCGUUGUAUUUGGGGGUGUUUGGUGUGAGUUUGAACUUUCUCUAUUUCUUGUAUACAAGUAUGUUAGUGUGGGGUGUCCGAAAGUCUAGUGAGAAGUGGGAGAUAUCAAGUACAGAUGCCCUCCCCUUUGUUACAAUACUCGGACUCAUAUCUUUUUCUUUGUUCUGUUUUGCUUUGUGGCCAAUUUGGAGUUUCUUGACCCUCCCUCUUGUGUUCACAUUGUUCAUGGCUUGCAUGGUGAUAUUGCCAUACAUGGUUCUUGAGACAUUCAAGCAGCAACCAUCAGAUAUGUUUCGAAUUGAUUGAAAAAUUAUGGUGCUUUGUUCAUAUUUUGACAUUGAUUGAAGGUAAUUAUGCUUUCAAUUUGUAAACGAUACUAACAUCAAAACAGGCGAAUAUUUCUUUUUCUUGAAUCAAUCGGUUUCUUUCUUUUUUUUUUUUUUUUUUUUUUUAAAGAAGACAUCAGUUAGUGAAAGUAGAAGAAAUCUCGGGUGAAUUUUAGUUAGAAUUGAUAGAGAAGGAACAAGUUUCAUAGUGAUUUGAGUGAUAGUUUGAAAGGUUUUCUUGUGGAAUUGGUUUGUUACUUUAUAUUAUGAUUUAUAUAUUGUUUUUCAUUUUAUAGCUAUA